GUGGCGCCAACUCCUCUAUUUUGCUCCUCAUUCUUCCUCCUUCAAAUUCCCACCAACCCCCCAGAACUCAUACUUUUUGAUAGCUCAGCUGUGAUGUCCUUCUUUCGCAAAUGGGGGGUUGAGCUGGUUGUUGUGGGACCAGAUGCUCCCCUUCUUUCGGGCCUUGCAAAUGAUUUGGUAAAUGCUGGAAUACCUACUUUUGGUCCUUCAGCUGAGGCUGAUGCUUUAGAGAGUUCAAAGAACUUCAUGAAGAGCUUGUGGGAAAAAUACAAUAUUCCUACUGCCAAGUAUCAAACAUUUACAUUUCCUUCAGCUGCAAAGGAAUAUAUUAAAGAGCAAGGGGCCCCUAUUGUCAUCAAAGCAGAUGGCUUGGCUGCUGGAAAAGGUGUUAUUGUUUCCAUUGUCAUUGUUGAGGAAUUUCGUGAAGGAGAAGCAGCAUCUUUCUUUGCCUUGGUGGAUGGAGAGAAUGCCAUACCCCUCGAAUCUGCUCAAGACCAUAAACGGGUUGGAGAUGGCGGUGAUACAGGCCCUAAUACUGGUGGGAUGGGAGCAUACUCUCCAGCACCUGUUUUGACCGAAGAACUUCAAUCUGUGACUAGCUUAGCUAAGCUAAUUGAAUACAAUGUGCGCUUUGGAGAUCCGGAGUGUCAGUCUGAAAAACAGGUUUUGGUGCUCAGGUUAGAAUCUGAUCUGGUACACGUUCCGCCGGCAGCUUGUAGAGGAGAACUAAAAGGGGUAACAUUGGAUUGGUCCCUGGGAUCUGCCAUCGUGGUUGUAAUGGCUGCCAACGGAUACCCUGGCUCCUAUGACAAAGGUUCUGUUAUUCAGAACCUUGAAGAAGCAGAACAAACAAGUUGCUCCUUCUGUUCAGAUAUUUCAUGCUGGAACUGCUCUCGACGCCCAUGGCAAUUUCAUUGCUGUUGGGGGCCGUUCUACGGGUUACUGCCAAGGGAAGAGAUCUCCAAGAGGCACGGGAUAGAGUCUGUUUACACCCAUUUUUGCAAAAAAAAUAGAAUGGUGCCAUGUGUCAUCCAUGUUGGCAAGAACUUCAUUGAUUAUGCCACCAUGGCAAGUCCUUAUUUUGAUGAUUGCCAGAAGCUCUUCAUCACUCCGCCACAAGCUUCCUCUUAUGUCAAUCCACUUUAUGAUGAGAAGGCAACAGCUUACAGUGAGUCUUUCAAAUCACUUACUGAAAGGAUAGCUAAUUUUGCUGAGGAAUCUAAAAGGCUUCAUAAGGAACACAUGAAGAGGUUGGAGGAAAUUUUGAAACGUGCUACCCAAAGUCAGCAACGCCAUGCAACUUUGGAGGCGACUUCAACAAGUAUGCCUCCAAGUCCUUCUAAGUCUGUAAAGAUUAAUACUAGCAAUAGUCCUCUUACUCCUGGGAGGCAUAAACCAACUCCGGUGCAGACAUGUCAGCCAUCGAUCAAUCAAGGUCCAUAUGAUGGUCGACAAAAAGCUGAUGCUGCUACACAAAAGCCAACACUUUGGCCAGCAUUAGUACAUAAAUCUGAUAAGGUAUCUACCUCAUCUACUUCUACUUCUUUUGAGAUUAACGAGCAUGUUUCUUCUGCCUUGCUUAAGAAGUGUUCGCGGCAACCAUGCUUUCUUAAUGGUCGAAGCCCUUCCAAGUUCAAUUAUGGACAAUGGCUGAAGGUGAAAUAUCCUUUUAAAGUCAUUAGUCUAAAAAGGGGAGUCAUUUCCAAUCUCGGGGGGCAACCUAGUCAAAUUGAACAACAAAGGUUGCAAGACCUUAUUGCCAAUGAAGUUCACAAAGCUUUAGAAAAAGAGGUAACAAGGUUUGUGCCAUUGCAACCUUAUGCCAAUUCAAACGUCCAACUAAUGCCACCACAACAAAAGCAUGUGUGCAAGCCUAGUCCACCUCAGCAACUUGCAGACUCAUUGCCAGAGGCCACUCGGGAGGCAUCUUCUCAAGAGGCAAAUCAAAAUUUAGUCAAUGCAAUCGUGUCUCGAAAGACGUCUGCCAAGUGUGUUCCUUUCAAGUCAAAUGACUCAAAGGCAACUAAGGAACUUAAUGUCAGCAGCAAAACAAUUAGCCUUGGUGAGUUUAUUAUUGAACUUCCAAGUUCCAUUCCAAAUCUCCCUUUUGUUUUCACAAGGAAGCAAGAUGCAGCCUCUAGUAGCAAAGAGGCAAUAAAGAACAAAGCAAACAUGUUUGCCAAAGAAAACAAAAUGAGGGAUCAUAAAAAAGAUGUUGCAACCUUUAUUCCAAGAAGAGGCAUGUUGUCAUCAGUUAAAAGCAUGUCACCCAAGAGACAUUCUGCCAACAAUAUGAAAUAUUUGCAAAUGCACAAGGCAUUAGAUGAAGACACACUUUUAGCUGGCUUAUUUAUCUAUGAAGCCGUUGUGUCUGUUAGUUGUGUCUACCAGAUGAUAUUCCACGCUAUGCUGAAGAAAACAACAAUAUCAAAUUUCUACGUUCUUAGAGACAUCAUGCUUCCUUUACAAUGGCCACAUGGUGAGGAGUGCUAGGAACAAAAUUUUCAAAAACUUGAUUCCACUUCCAUGAAGUCAUGCAACCAAGUUUUGGGAGGCAUUGUUUACACCCAUUUUUGCAAAAAAAUAGAAUGGUGCCAUGUGCCAUCAAUGUUGGCAAGAACUUCAUUGGUUGAAAGUUGUUGGAGUAAAUCUCUAUGAAUAAGGUUGAGUGGUUAUU